ACAAAAUCUCGUGGCGUCCAAGUCAACUUCUUUGAGUGGCGGCUUGUAUAACAUGGAAUGGCUUUAUCCUUCCAGGAUACAUAUGAGGUAACAGACUCCUCCUAGCUAGUGUAUUCAAUUUCUCGGAAGUACUUCCCCGUUCAAGUUAUGAUCUGUUUGUAUUUCGUUAAGAAGCAGCUGUUUGCAAAAGCAGGGUCACCCGCAAGCAUUAUUUUUCUACCUUCCAAACCCCAUCCCAAGGAAGUGCUUAAGAACUAGGUUGACAUCGCAAUGUACUUGAUCACAAUAGUCCUGAUUAAUUGAAGAAGAUAAAGUGGAGGGUGCAGAGUGGAACUAAACCUCCUUUGAGGUCUUAUCAUCUUUCACGUAAUCGUAUAUUUAUACAUUACGUAGAACGUUCCCAAAUCGACCACGCGAGGAAGAGCGACAUCCGUAGCUGGCGUAUUGAGUAAAAUCAAUUUUCUCUCGGAGGCUAGCAAAGAGCCUGAUUUCAUUGUGUUACAGCCCAAACUACACAUUGCCGGACUAAAGGUAUAUUCCGAAAUAGGCCAUGGCAGUCAGCGGAAGUGAUAUCCCGGGACAGAACAACACUCAGCAUAUAAAAUAGGCUGCAUUAACAUAGACGAGACGGACCUGUAUAAUUGAGAUAGUGAGAAUUCAACGGCAUUUAUCUGCUACGAAGCGUGUACGAUGUUUACGUCUUCUUUUCCACAAAGUUUGGACAUUGUUACCAGCAGCGUCGCAGCUGCGAGAGACUUGGAACUGUUUGUUCAAAACAAGGCUUUCAUCGAUGGCAUCUGGGUCAGGAAAGAGCAAACGUUCAGUGUAUAUGAGCCAUCGACGGCCCAGGUCUUUGGGUCUGUGGCAGACUGCGACUUGAGUGACGUCCAGUUAGCCAUCGAAAGUGCAUAUGCAGCUCAGAAGAGUUACUACUCCUCAACUACGGCUGCGGAACGGGGAGGCCUAUUGCGAAAAUGGCACAACCUGAUCAUGGAGAACGUGGAGAACCUUGCAACCAUCCUGUGUCUAGAGAAUGGGAAAACCAUUCAUGAAUCGAGGGCUGAAAUAGCCUAUGCCGGGAGCUUUGUUGCUUGGUUUGCCGAGGAAGCGACACGUUCCUAUGGCGAUACCAUCCCAUCGUCGACCCCCAACACCAUGGUUAUGACUACAAAAGAGCCGGUGGGUGUCUGCGGGAUCAUUACUCCAUGGAAUUUUCCCGCAGCCAUGAUCUGUCGCAAGGUCGCCCCCGCUCUGGGCGCUGGAUGUGCCGUAGUUAUCAAGCCCCCAAGUGAGACUCCCUUCACUUGUCUCGCUCUCACAAAGUUAGCGUUGGAUGCUGGCUUUCCGGGCCAGGUCAUUCAAGUAUGUCCGACCAAGAACAGGGAAGUAGCUUCAGAGCUGGCGAGACAUCCGCUCGUUCGCAAAAUCAGCUUCACCGGGUCUACCAGUGUCGGCAAAAGUCUCGCCAAAUUGGCAUCUGGAACGCUUAAAAAAGCCAGCCUCGAGCUGGGCGGCAACGCUCCAUUUAUUGUCUUUGACGAUGCCGAUGUCGAUCUGGCGGUUGAAGGUGCCAUGAUGUCGAAAUUCCGCUGCUCGGGUCAGACGUGCGUGUGUGCCAACCGGAUCUAUGUUCAAAGAGGAAUUUUGGAAGAGUUCACUCGGAAGCUAGUACAAAGGGUCUCUGAACUUCGCCUGGGGCCUGGGAUCGAGAGCUCUUCCACACAAGGGCCGUUGAUCAACCGACCUGCUGUGGACAAGGUCAAGAGUCAUAUUGAGGAUGCGGUCUCGAAGGGCGCGCGUGUGGAGAUCGGAGGCUCAGCCUCCGAAGGUGCUGGGUAUUUCAUGCAACCUACCGUCCUAUCCGGUGUUACACGGGAUAUGGCAGUGGCUCGGGAAGAGACAUUUGGGCCCUUGGCUCCGAUCUUCCCCUUCGAAACCGAAGAUGAGAUUCAGAAACUUGCUAAUGACACUGAAUUUGGUCUUGCCGGAUACUUCUAUUCUCGCAACGUGGGACGCGUAAUGCGCGUGGCACGAGAGCUUGAAGUUGGUAUGUGUGGUGUCAAUACGGGCAAGAUCAGUGCAACUGAAUCACCAUUUGGGGGCAUUAAGGAAAGUGGCUAUGGCUUAGAGGGUAGUAAAUAUGGUAUGGCUGAGUAUCAGACUAUUAAAACAAUUACCCUGGGAAAUAUUCACUUGUAA